GAAAAAAAUUUCGAAUACGCCACUGCUACAAAUUAUCAAAAAUAUAAAAUGUCAGAAAUUUCAUAGACAUCAAAAUAAAAUGAAGCUUAUAAUUUUGUUCCUACAAAUAUUUGUUUUAAUUUCAAUCGCAAACAGUCAGGAUACAGACUGUAAAUCACCCCCAGAACCUGGUGUAUGCAUGGCAAAUUUUCAAUCCUGGUAUUACAAUCCAGAAACUAAAACUUGUGAGGAAUUUGUUUAUGGCGGUUGCGGUGGUAAUCAAAACAGAUACGACGGGAAAGGCGAAUGUCUCAUAAAAUGUGCUGAAGGUGUCUUGAAGAGCUCAUUAGGUUAUGUUUUGAAUAUGUUCGAAUGAUUCAUUCACGAUUCUUGUCUUCAGAAACUAAGCUUUGAAUAAAAGCAAGGAACGCUGAAUAAUAUGAAAGAAAACAAUAUUUUGUGAAUUUUUCAAGGUUCCGAAAUUCAAAUAAAAAUUGCCAAUUUACUUUAAAUUCAUAGAUUGUCAUUAAUAGUCCCACGUACUGAAUAUUCUAUCAAAAAUGAAUUUUCGAAGAUUAUAAAGUUCAAUUCUGAAGAAUUUCACAUAAUCAUUAAUA